AUGGCGGACAACCCGGACCCCGGGGAUCCCGGGGGCCGGGUGGGGGGCGGCCUUGACAGCGACGUGACGGGAGCCUUCGGGGGUGAAGGGGGGGUAAGCACAGUAGCAGCUGGUGGGUCGCUCCACCUAUUGACCGGUCACAAAAGACGGGGGGGGGCUGAGAGUGCGCUCCAGAGCCCACGCAUUUGUCGCCUCCACCACGAAGACCUUCUGUGCCUCUUUGGCAAACCAGCCAAGAGACAGUGUUGUGAAGCAAGCCGUUCGAUUUCAGUACUGACAUGCGGCCAACCUCUCGAAGACCCUCCCAACACCGGGUCUGACGGCGAUUACCCUGUACCUUCGGCCAUCAUCGGAGAAAGGGGGGGAGCAACAACCGAAAAGGGUCCAGUCGACGAGGCGGCGGUUGUACCACGGGUGGCAUCGGAGGUAGCGAGGGCAGCCUGGGAGGAACACCGUAGGCGCUUGCAACAACAGCAUGACACUCGCAGACGCUGCCUACCUGUGAGGGCAAUGUUGCACGGCGCCGGCUCGGCCGACGCCGCAAUCCCCCCGGUCGUGCCACGUCUCGCAUGGCGGCAGGAGCGGAGGCGCCGGAGUGCGGCGGGGAAAGACAGGCAGCAGGAGCCACUAGUGGGGGGUCAGCGUGACCCGCAGGUGGGCGGGCAGCAGGGGGCCCGGGAGAGGAGCCGGCAGCCGCCGAGCGGAGGGCAGCAGGAGCUGCCGAGCGGAGGGCAGCGGCAGCUGCCGAGCGGAGGGCAGCGGCAGCUGCAGAGCGGAGGGCAGCAGGAGCUGCAGAGCGAAGGGCAGCAGGAGCUGCAGAGCGGAGGCCAGCAGCAGCUGCAGAGCGGAGGGCAGCAGCAGCUGCCGAGCGGAGGGCAGCGGGAGCUGCAGAGCGGAGGGCAGCGGGAGCUGCAGAGCGGAGGGCAGCAGCAGCUGCAGAGCGGAGGGCAGCAAGAGCCGGCCAAGGGCAUAGGGCGGCAAUCAGGGAGCGGUUGGAGAAGUUUUGGGUCGGGGAGUGGCGGGAGCUGUUUGAGUUGGCGGUGGCGGUAA